AUGUUGUUUUUUAGGCAACACGAAUUGCAACGGAGGGAAUCAGAAUUCCGGCGAGUUGUGACACUGGAUGGAGCUCUGUUUGAGAAAUCAGGGACAAUGAGUGGGGGUGGAAACAAACCACGCGGGGGUAAAAUGGGAACUUCCAUCAGAGCCACCAGUGUCUCUGGUGAAUCCUUUACUGAAGCUGAAAAUGAACUCAAUCAAAUAUCAGAAAAAUUAAAAAACAUAAGACAACAAAUUUCUCAAGUUGUCAAAGAAUACAAAGAUUUGGAAAAACAAGCCACACGUUUAGAAAUGGAGUUAGCCAAAGCCAAAAAGAGGCAAAAUGACAUGAUUUUCGCAAAAUACAAACAAGUGUUGGAGCUUCAAGGCAAAAUCGAGAAUGCAGGGGGUGAAAAUUUGAAAAAUCAGAAAGCAAAGGUUAACAAGAUCCAAAAUGACAUUGAUAAAAACAGCACAGAGAUCAAUCGACACAAAGUUCAAAUAGAAACUGGGAACAAACUUAUGAAAAAAUUAACAAAUGGGAUUAAGGAAUCAGAGAAAGAGAUAGAAAAACUGAAUGCACAAAAGGAAAAUUUAUUGACUUCUUUUAAAGAGAUUGAAGAAAAAGCAUUCAAGGUUCAAGAUGAUUAUAAGAAGACAGAAGAGCUUAUUGAACAACACAAGGAUUCACUUGGAAAAGCAAAAUCUGAUUAUGAAAACCUGAAAAAGACUGUUGAUGAGUUGAGGGCAUCUGAGGUGGAUGCUGAUUUUAAAUUACAAGACAUGAAAAAAAUGAUAAAAGAAUUGGAAAUGAAAGAAAAAGGAUACAAGAAAAAGCUCGAGGAGUUACACACCUCUCUUUCAAAGCAUAUAGAACAAAUUAAAAAAGAUUUAGUCGAUCCAGAAAAGCUUCAAUCCACACUUGGAGAAAACGAAUCAUUUGCCAAAGCCUCUGACCUUAAAAAGUCUUUAGAAAUGGUGGCAUUACUUGAAGCACAAAUGAAAGAGAUGAACCCUAAUCUUGAUUCCAUUGCUGAAUAUCGUAAUAAAGUAUCUGUAUACAAUGAACGAGUCGAAGAGCUUAAUUUAGUAACAAACGAACGCGAUGAGACAAAAAAACAAUACGAUGAAUGGCGAAAGAAAAGGUUAGAUGAGUUCAUGGAAGGGUUCAACACUAUUUCACUUAAACUAAAGGAAAUGUAUCAGAUGAUUACUCUUGGAGGUGAUGCAGAGCUUGAAUUAGUGGAUUCUUUAGAUCCUUUCUCAGAAGGUGUUGUGUUUAGUGUUAGACCUCCGAAAAAAAGUUGGAAAAAUAUCGCUAAUUUAUCAGGGGGAGAAAAGACUUUGAGUUCACUAGCUCUUGUGUUUGCACUACAUCAUUACAAGCCAACCCUCUUUAUGUUAUGGAUGAAAUCGAUGCUGCAUUUUAAGAAUGUUUCAAUUGUGGGGCAUUACGUUAAGGAUCGAACCAAGGAUGCACAGUUUGUUAUCAUCAGUUUGAGAAAUAACAUGUUUGAGUUGGCUGAUCGACUUGUGGGGAUUUACAAAACUGAUAAUUGCACAAAGAGCAUAACGAUAAAUCCGGGGAGUUUUGUGGUUCAUGGAAAGGAUUAAUUAAACUCUGUUUCACUAUUUGC